UGCCCCCCCCACCUCGCCAAAAAUAAAAGUUGGCGCCUGUGCUCACAGCCAUAAAGCAUUGCAGAGAGAGGUGACCGCAGCAUGCAGCUGAUGUAACUUGGUCUUCAGUGAAUUCACACAAAGACGCUGUUUAAUAAAGUUGGGUCCGUUUGCUAUACCAGGGAUAAAAGGAGCUGUUUUCUGGCCAAAUUUAUCUCCACAAGCAACUUAGGAAUAGACUUUGAGAGAUUUUUCAGGGUUCUCUGGAAUUCUGCCUAGGAAAAUAUUCAUCUUUUUCAUUCUCAGCCAUAAUAGACUUUUUUUUUUUUAUUUUCCAGCACAAAAAAUAGGCCUGGCAGGGCCUUCAGAUAGUCGUAUCUAGACCAACCCCCAACUCAAGGCAAGCCUGAACCCUCCAGCCAGGCGCUGGCCCAAGCUGCACUCACAGACGUGGAGCGGUGGAGAUCCCACAGCUUCUCCAGAUAUCUGCUGAUACCCUCAGAACAACCCUCAGAGCUAGAGAGAGCUCUUCCUAAUCUCCAAACCUGUAUCUCCACUGCUGAAAUUUUGAACCAUUUCUUCUUUGUGGACAUGGGCUUAUAAAAUCCUGGAGCAGCGGGGCUGGCAGGACCUGCAGGGUCACAUCUGGUCCAACCCCUGCCUAAGCCCGGGUCAGCCCUGUCCAAACCAGCCCAGACAAACCCAGCAUCUACACCCGACAUAAGACAACCCUCAACCCUGACACAGUGCAGAUGUCACACCUGGCCCUGCCACAGGGGAAGCAGGGGACCGAUGUCCUGCUUCUGUGAAAUGUUGUCAAUAUACCCAAGAAAGCCCAAGCAGAGAGGAAGGCAACGCCGCAUCCAUACCAAUCUGACCAGGGAGAAAAUCCCUUCCUGCCCCCAAUGCAGGGUCAGUCUGUGCCUGAGUGACGGGGCAAGACCCUCCAGCCAGGACCCCCCAGGUCUGCUCCUAGCGGAAGCAUUGGCACAGCCCGGGUGAAGUCCCCAGCCUGGGCUGCAGCCAGCACCCAGCGACUCUUGGGAGGCUUAAAAACACCCAGACAUAUAUAUAGUAGGAAAAGCAAGGGGUGGGGGGCAACCAGCACAGCCCAGAAGCCUGGGGCAGCCCCACAGCAGAGCACAGACAUCGCUGCAGCUACAUCAGCCCAACCAGUGCCCGUCCUGCCUCUCCUUGCACCCUCCAGUGAUGGAGAGUCCCCCCUUCCCUGCCAUCUCUCCCAUGGCCUCCCUGCUCUGCCAGGGAAGUCGUAUUUCCUGCCAUCCAACCUAAACCUACCUUGCUGCAACUUCAAGCCACGGAUCUGCGUCCUGUCCUUGUUGAACCUCAUGAUGCUAUUUUUUGGCCCAAUCCUCCCAUUUGUCAAGGUCUCUCCAAAUCCUAGCUCUACUCUGCAGCGCAUCUACCGCUCCCCCCAGCUUGUUCUCUCUCCAGUCACCUCGACACCCGCAAGAAAGCCUUGGUGCCUCUUUCCUUCUGCCUGAGACCCAUCUUGACAGAGCCUGGUUGCGAGUGCAGUGCUGAAGGGCCAUAUUUCAUAAGCCUCGGGCCUCCUGCGCAGCUCGCCUGCAGCUGCAGCUCUUCUGGGCCCGCGCGGUUUCCCUUUGCGCAUGUUAAUGUGAGUGCCUGGCAUUUAUGGACCGGCUGCAGUUCUCUCACCCCUGCAUGGUAGGCUCCGGGCUGGCGGAUGUAUGUGUCUAUGUACACUUGCACCAGCACAGAGUGAGAGGGGUGGAUCUUCUCAUGUGUUAGCCCCAACAGCUGGGUGCUUUCUCAGGGUCUGUCCUGGUCCUCCACAGUCCUUUGCCUUCAUUAGCAGCCAUCCUGGGAUGCUCCCCGACUUCAUCCUGCCCGGUUGGAAGGGGACAUCCCCUCCAGCGCAACAGCAGAGGAGACUCCACAUGCACCUCGUGCCAGGAGCUCCCAGCCCUGUGCCCCGGUGCAGGUGGGCUCUGCCGUGCCUCUCCUGCCCACGUGCUGAUCUCUUCCCUAGCCCUUCCCUGGCUCUUCUUCUACACGUGGCCAGUUCCCAGGGCUGCUUUGCUCAAGAGCCUCUCCCCAGGCAGAGGACAGGUCCCCCAUGCAUCUCCCAGCAAGCCUGAAUGAGCUCACCCAGACGCUCCGUCCCUUUGCCUGGGAGGGUGAGCUGGCUUGCAAGGGCCAGCUCAUCCUGUGACAUGCCUUUCCUUGCAUGCACCCUUCGAAGUGUGAUCCAUCUCCAGGCAAGCUCGACAAAGCUACCAGGGCUUCACGUCCUAGUUCAGCCUCUCGCCCUGCCGUCCCUUCAGUUCUCCAGUCACCCGAAGAACUCGGGUAAUGGACUGUCGUCGGUCCUGCCGUGCUGCCCGUUGGGUCCUGCAUCAGAAAUACAAUCCUGCUUUCGUCCUCUGGUAUCUCUAGGUUAAAUCCAGCCCUAAUUUCCUCUUCGCUCGCUCAGUUCUUUCCUGCAGGGCUUCCGGCUGGGUUUGCCCUGGAGUGGGGGCUUGUGAGUUGAAGAAGUCUGGCCUCACAUCGUCUCCCCUGGGUGCUAUCAUGGCUCAGGUGGCAGCUGGAAGAGGCACAGAGUUCCCCUUUGUGCUGAGUUCCCACUCGGUGUCUUGCUGUGCCCCUUGGUGAAGGUCCAGGGCGCUCCUCUGGGACGUCUCACAUCUCCAGGUAUUGGGGUUUUAAGCCUCCCUCAAAGGCACUGGGUGCUGCUGCAGCCCAGGCUGGGGGGUUUUGCCUUCCUCUGCAGCGGGAGCACAGCCUUGGCCUGGGGUCCUUUUACAGAAGCAGGACGUUGGCUGCCACAGUCCCCCUGCUUUCCUUGUGGCAGGUCCGGGUGUGAUGUCUGGUGCUGUGUCAGGGGUGAUGGUAGUUUUACGGAGAGUUUAGAUGGUGGGUUUGUCUGGGCUGGUUUGGACAGGGCUGAUCCUGUCUCGGGCAGGGCUGGGACUCGAUGCAACCCUACAGGUCCCUUCCAGCCCCGUGGCUCUGGGAUUCUUCCAGGCAAGACGAGGCAGGAAACGCGGCUUCCUCUCUGAACCUUGCUCUUCUGCCUGCCCCGUUGGUCCUCAGCUUCUGCCACUGCAUCCCAAGCAGAUGCUGCAGCUGGUUACGGUGCGUUCCCUCACCCAGGCGACUCCGGAGCUGCUCUCCCUGCCCGUCGUGCCUCCAGCAUGGUGUCCCUUUUAUCUACAAAUCUCUCCCAGCAUCAUGAACCCAGCUCUCUCAUGGCCAUUUCCUCAGAGUUAGGGGCCAUGUCUCCUGGUGCUGGUUGUGGAAAGGGCUUCGCUGGCCUUACCCAGCCCAGCUACUUCCUCCCCAUGAUCCACGGAGGAAUGUGGUGGUUUGACUGUGGUCUGCAGGACUAGGAGGUUGGGAGCAGCUCUUCUCAAAUGGCUGGGAAAGUGUUUGAUUUACUGAGUUAUACCCAGCUCUUAGUUUUCACUAGUUUGCAAUAUGUGUUGUACCAAGUUGCCUGUAUAACACGUAAUGUUGGUGCAGCCACGAGCCUGUAGUUUGCAACGGGAUCCUUUGACCCCAGCUGACUUCCUGCCCCUGGGGCAAGGGGCCGAACCUGAUGAUCUCCCGCAGUCCCUUCCAGCCCUAACGUCUAUGAAAUCCAUGGGGGUGCUGCGAGGCUUGCCCCGUGGGUCUCUCUAGGCAGAUGUGAUGCUUUUUUCCUCUGUGGUCUGAGCGCUUUCAUUUCAGUUAUUCAGAAGCUUUGCAGAGCGCAUGUCCCAUUGCCAGGCUCGGGUCCUACACUUGGCCCCUCGGGCAGGCAGGAAGAGAUGGCCACGGUGUCCCCCACACACAGUGGUGAGUCCUGCACAGGAAAAUGACCGUGGCCACCUGAUCGUGUCGGACGUUCCUCGCCAGUCUUGGGAGGAGGGUGAGACUCUCCAGUUCUUCCUCGAAGGCUUCGUGCUCGUGAGCAGGAGCGGUUUGGGGGUAGGAGACGACACCGCUGUGCUACAAACACGAGCCACGCCGGCGCCCACGCGGUGCACAGUCAGUCCCUUCCCAUGGGGGUGCUGAGCCAUAAACCAAGCAGGUGAAGAACAAAAAGGCUCCCUCAGACUGGGGCCGGGGAGCGCGCUUACUGUGCCCGACCCCUUCAGCCUUUUGCUGCCGGUCGCAAACGGUGCUAGGAAUGCCCUGACUCCCAAAGGAGGCAUCCAGCACCGGACAUUUCCUUUCUGGACUGGGUCCCUCGCCCUACGUGGACUCCUGCUGAGAGCCCUUCUUGGCCCUUCACCUGGAAGGGGACAUCGAGGGCCAAGUCCCCUUUGGUGCCCCUGCUUGGGCAAGGGGACGGCUGGCAAGCAGGCUUGGCAACAGAAGAGCUGUCCCGGUGCACGGGGCUGUUCUGUCCUACAGUCGGGACAUCCCCAAGGCCACAGGCAACGGGUACAGUCGCAGCACUCUCUCUGGGCCAAGACUUAGGUCCUUGCUCCUGACCUCUUGUGCUUUCUUACUUUGUGUCUUGUAUCUGUGUCCCUGCAUCCUGGCAGACACUUCUGUGGCUCCCGGACCCCGGCUUCUGCUUCACCCCAGCAUCUGCUUCACUGUGCUUCCAGCUCCCUGGGACCCGGCCCUUGGGCUUUGCCUGCAUUAUCAGGUGGCCUUGCCCAACCUCCCACACCCCAGUUCCUAACGCCGGCCAGCUCAGCUGAGACUUUUCCUUCGCUGCCCAUCAGGGCCCUAGAACAGAUGUCCCAAGCUCUUGUCCCCGAGGCUUGCAGAAGUGCAUGCAGAUCCUCCCCUUUCCCUUCCCAUUUUGUCCUAGAUUUGGAUCAAGGAGUUGCUGGCUGGAGGGCUGGCCCCCCCAAAGCUCGGGGACUGCUGGUCUAACACAGCCGGGACGUGUCUGUGCAGCGGGGAGUUUUACACCGAACGGAUCAUGUGAUGCACAAAACCGAUGCCACCAUGGACACGUGAUUUGUGAUGAACGGGGCACAUGAUUCUUCCCCUGCUCUUUUGCUGUCCCCAGUUGGGGCAUUUCUAAGGUCUCAGCUGUGGCCAGCUUUCUUCUCUGUGGUCCAAGGGCGCGUGCUUUGUGUGAGCUCACUUCUGGGUCUCAUUUCAUGGCCCUUGCACUAUCGUGAGAAGACCACCUCCCCUAGACAGCCAGAUGGGCACGGCCACCAUGAAAAUGAGAGCAGAGGAGGACGACAUCUAUGAGAAUGUGUUUCAACCAUCCGUCCCUGACGUGUCUCUCAGGAAGGGUAAGAUACCUCUGAUUGCUUUUCACACCUUUCCGGGCGUCUUUGUCUCCUUCUGCCUGCGUCUGAGCAGCAGUUAAUGGUGCCUGUGGCUGUAGCUUGAGCCGUCAAGGCUAAAAAACCUUCUGCAAAUCACAGAAUAACAGAAUCAUAGACAACGAGGGCUAGACUCAAGGCACCCCUGGACAGACUCAUGGUGCCCGUUGGAAAAAGCCAAUUCUUUGUUUUCUCUCUUUUUUCUUUCCUACAGAAAAAGCAUAGAGUAGUUUUUCUAUUGCAGAGGACUCAGAAAGACCCCAGCUCUGGCACCACCACCCCCCGGUUAAGCACAACUGUGUUGGAGGGGAUGUGGAGGUUUAUCGUCGUCACUCUGAACCUGGCCCUGUGGCCAGUUCUGGGGCCAGGAUUCAGGAGGGAGGUGGAAGUGCCCGUCACUGAUGUACGUUUCCUCUUCUCCUUCCAGGAAACCUGCUGGAGUUGUCCCCUAAGAGGCUCCACGUCCUCCACGCUGUCCUCAUUGUGCUGAGUCUCCUCUGCCUUGCUGCCCUGGUUGCCAUCACAGUCACCUAUUUCCAGGAGCAGCGGGAGAAGCACCAAAUGGCUGAAGCAGUUCAGGGAAUCCGGGACUUCUGGAAGCAAAAUAGCACCUUGAACAAGCCCGACCUGGAUCAGACAGAUCAGCCGCUGGUGGGCAAAAUUGCGCCCUUACAGGUCCUUUGGGAAGAGGUCAUCACCCCUUGUGCUGUGAUGAAGAACCAGUUCAGGAACGUCGUGACCAAGCUUUCCCAAGGCUGGAGACAUCAUGGGGGGAACCUCUACUACUUCUCAAAGGAGAAAAGGUCCUGGGAGGAGGCCGAGCAGUUUUGCGUGUCCCAGAACUCGCACCUGAGCUCCGUCCUCUCCCGGGAAGAGCAGGAGUAUCUUGCCACGCAAGUCAAAGGCGCAGAUCACUGGAUUGGGCUGAGCGACCGUGAGGCAGAAGGCUUCUGGCGCUGGGUGGAUGGCUCCAAGUACACGGUGGGGUAA